AUGACAACACCACUGAUUAUUAGAUUGGAACACGUUCAAACAGUAUUUACAAAAGAUUAUAUACCAGUAGUAUAUGUUGUCGGUAUAAUUAGUAAUAUAUUAAAUAUAAUAUUAUUUUGUCGACGUAAACUUCGUUGUAAUUGUUGUUCAUGGUAUUUCAUAUGUUUAUCUUUAUCUCAAAUUCUUUUACUUAAUGUAAAUUGUGUCCAUCAUGUGAUAAGUUCUUGGUUAAAUUAUGAUGGUUUUUCAACAAUAACUUCUCUAUGUAAGAUUCAUUCUUAUUUCAAUGUUCUUUCAAUUAUUCUCGUACGUCAUUUUAUUUGUUUAAUAUCAAUUGAUCGUUGGCUUGUUACAUCAGCAAAUGCUCGACUUCGAAAUAAAAGUUCAUUAAUUAAUAUUCCUUGGAUUGUAGGUGGUUCAUUUACUUUUUGGACCAUAUUUUCUAUUCAUGCACCUAUUAAUUAUAUGCCAAGUUCAACUGCAUGUAGUCCAAUACGUGCUUUAAAUUAUGCUAUUUUUCUAACUAUUUAUAAUGUAAUUACAUCAAGUACACCUUUUUUUAUAGUUUUUAUUUUUAGUAUAUUGACAGUGUUUAAUAUACGUAAAAGUAUUCGACAAGUGAAUUCAAUAACACAUGUUCCUUCAAGUCAAAUAAAUACAAUCGUUCUUGUUAAUUCAAUAAAAUCAAGAGAAAAGCAAACAUUGAUAAAUAAACGAUUAGAUAUGGUUUUUGUUCGUUUAACUGUCUUUCAAAUUAUUCCCUAUUUAUUAUUUAAUCUUAUUUCAUCAUUUAGUGCAAUUAUUUUAUAUUUAAAUUCUAUCACAUCUAAUCAUACUGAGGAAGAAAAUGCUAUAGUGAGUUUUAUUCAUGAAUUGGGUACUUAUCUUCUAUGUACAUAUGUAUCGAUUACAUUUAUCUUUUAUACUUUGGCUUCAAAUGUUUUUCGUAAAGAAUUUAUUCUCUUAUGUAAACAAUGUUGGUUUACUAUUCAACGUUGCUUAUGUUGUCAACAUUAA